CUCUUCUAUUCUGAAUCAAUUUCCCCCAAUAAAAACCUCACGUAAAUCCGAAUUCUUUAGAUAUAGAAGCCCCGACUAAAAUUGGAAAAGCUAGGAUCAAUGGAGAGUUUUUUGGUGCGCAUGUGCAUCGAGGCAGCGACGGAGAGCGCCGCCGCCGUCGAGAAGUGGCGGAGGCAGCGGCGAACUCUUGAGAGCAUGCCAUCUCAUCUAGCCGAGGCUCUUCUCCGUCACCUACUCCGCCGCCGCCUCCUUUUUCCUUCUCUACUGGAAGUUUUCAAAUACAGUGUCGAGGAAAUUGAUUUGAGAGGUGAGAGCUGUGUAGAUGCAGAAUGGAUGGCAUACUUGGGGGCAUUCCGAUACUUGCGUUCAAUUAUUCUUGCAGACUGCAAUAGAAUCAAUAAUUCAGCCCUCUGGAGUAUAACAGGCAUGGCAAAUUUAAAGGAGGUGGACCUUUCAAGAUGCUCCAAGGUAACAGAUGCUGGCAUUAGACACCUAUUAUCAGUUCCAGCCCUCGAGAAAUUAUGCAUUUCAGAAACAGGUGUUACUGCAGACGGUGUCGCUGGUCUCGCUUCACUGACCAACUUAUUUAUGUUGGACCUGGGCGGUUUACCUGUAACUGAUUCAGCUUUGAGUUCUCUCCAGGUUCUCAAAAAGUUGAAACAUUUAGAGCUUUGGGGCAGUGAAAUAUCUAAUGAAGGAGCAGUUCUUCUCAAGACGUUUCCAAGCUUGAGUUCCUUGAAUCUGGCUUGGACCAACGUAACAAACUUGCCAAAUUUGUCUUCUCUUGCAUAUCUAAACAUGAGUAACUGCACCAUACAUUCUCUCUUUGAAGGAGAAGGUCAUAAAGCUUGUUUGGAGAAACUUGUACUAUCUGGAGUUACAAUGACUAAUGUUUCUGAAGCCUUCCAAUAUGUUGAAACAAGUAAACUUUGUUUCUUGGAUUUGUCCAGCUCUUCCCUUCAGUCAUUCAGCUUUCUGCAUUCCAUGAGUGCACUUACCAAUUUGAACCUGUGUGAUACUGCACUGGUUGACGAUUCAAUCGAACACAUUGCAUAUAUAGGAGCAAAUCUAAGAUAUUUGAAUCUCAGCCAUACAAAAGUAACUUCUGAAGGUAUUGGAGCAUUGGCUGGACAUGUUCCUAACCUUGAGAUAGUAUUACUGUCUGGCACACACAUUGACGAUACGGCUGUCUCAUAUAUUAGCGUGAUGCCAUCGCUCAAAGCCAUCAACCUGAGCAAAACAAACGUGAAAGGUCUGAUUCACCAGGAAAGUGAUGUUUCUGACGGCAUCCCAACAUUUGCUGCCCUGCAAAAUCUUAGCCAUUUAGAAAGGUUGGACUUGGAGGAGAUACAUAUUAAGGAUGCAGCACUGCAUCCUCUGACAAACUUGGGCAGAUUGAGCUAUCUAUCUCUGCGAAGUGUCUCCCUCACGGAUGCAUCUUUAUACCAUGUUUCAUCUGCUCUAAAGUUGGUAUAUCUGGGUGUUCGUGAUGCUGUGUUGACUGAUUCUGGGCUCAAUUGUUUCAUUCCUCCUCCAACAUUGGAAGUGCUUGAUCUCAGGGGCUGCUGGCUAUUGACGAAGGAUGCACUCUCACUUUUCUCUCAUAAGCAUCCUCAAAUUGAGAUUAGGCAUGAGCUUAUCGAGACACUAGACAAACGAAAUUUCCAGUAUCCAUCUACAUCAUGCACAACUACGAAGAACUCGCAACAUAAGCGCAGGCAGGGCAAGCCGUCCACUUCACCUCUCAGGUCUGAUGAGAUUUUUCUAGAUCAAAGGCUGAAAUAUAGUAGAGAAGAAUUAUUAGCUUUGCAAUUUUCAUCUGCGACAGUUUCGCCUUCAACUCAUCAAGGUAAUCCGAGACCUUAAUAUGACAGUGGCUGGAUCUGACUCAGGUUCUUAACAAUUAAAUGUGCCUGUGCCUCCGAGGGAAAGCGUGAAUUAUGUGUAGGUUUCUACUUCUAGGACACCAUGUUGUAUGCAGAAGUUGAUUAAAGAAAAGUGCUAUUAUUCCCUGCAUCAGUCAAGCUGAAGUAUCCCGACGAUUUUGUACUUAUAGAUAAUGCUCUUUUUUGCACUUCUUUUCUGUGUGAUAAUGCAAGCGCGGGGUUCGUAGUCGAUGUGAUAUUAAAUAGAGACAAAAUUCAUUUUUCGUCCAAUUACUAUAGGGAUGCUAAGUUUUUCGUCCGUUUGCUAUUCUAAAAAUAGAUUUAGUUC